AUGGCCAGCAAAUCACAGUCAGAGCAACGGAAACCUACCAAUGCCCAAGUCAUUGCUGCACUCGAUCGUCUGAUUGAUCACUUGAAAACCAAUCCAAAUGCUUCCAAAUCCGCUCCAAUCUUGUCGCACUUUCGUGAGAUUCCCAAAGAUGUCCAAAUUGCCUACAAUUUGUUGCAUGAAGGUGCGGCCUUGGUGCAUGCCACUUCGACCAAAUACACACUUGUUGGAAAAAUAUCGAUCGAAGAUCAGAAGAUACUCUCGGCCGACUUGCAACGCGGGUGUGAAGUUUUGGGAGCCGCCACUCAUUCACUCUUGCAAGAUUGUACGGGAUGUUCUCGGUCGGUACGACAAGCCACUCGCAAAGCCAGUUUGGCCAUUUGCAUAAAUGUCAAACAUUUGAUGGAUUCAUUUGAAGAUGAGUCGGCACUACCAAGAGACAACAACAUUGGGGCUCAAAAGACGGGUGCUGUUUGGGACGCUUGCGACAAGAUUUUGAACAAACAAGUGCCACAAGGAAAUCGGAAUGCCAUGCGACGAGAAUUCUUUACUUGGACUCAAGAGUGUCAAGAUACCAUGGAGGAGUUUCAAGAAACGAUAGACAUGGGACCUGUUGAAGGUGACGGAGAUGUGGAUGAGGCAGAAGCAGAUGACUAUUUUGGUGGUGACGAGGAGGAUCAAUAUUCCGAAAGUGAAUUGCCAAUUGCCUUGGCCUGUAUGGGUAUUUUGAAGUGUUCUCGGGGGACCAUGAAAGCUACGUUGGAGGCAAGUGAUGUACUGGGGAAACGAGUAACAGAAACACAGGAUGAACAAGAAUUCGAUCACAUUUUGAAACUAUACAACUAUGCAAGAGCAGUCGGAGAAGGAGCCACGGAUUUUGGAAGCGUCAUGUAUCCUCCAAUGUUGGCCUCUCCCGACAAAUUAGAAGAACAAUUGCGGAGGCAAGCAGAGGCAAUAAUUGAAUUACUCGAGUUUCUGUUGGGAAUCAAUAACAUGCCAAGUAGUGUUACACUGUUGGCUACCAAAAUAAAAAAUGCCGCCAACUCGCGGCAAAAGGAAGCACUGGAGGCAAUCACACAAGCAUUAAAGUAG